AUGGUUGGAAAGGUCCAAGAUAAUAAGGAAAAUAAUGUGGUACUAGAUCCUGGGGAAAACGGAUCGCUGGCGCUGCCGCAAACCCCAAUACAUCUAUUGAAGAGAUCCCAACCCAAUGUUCUGAAACCAGAAGAGAAUACACCUGUGAAAAAAUCCAGAAGUGUUUCACCAGUGAGAGGGCAGAGACGUCUACCGCUUGCGUCAAAGGAUCACAAUAAAUCUAGUGCGGCUGGUCCCGUAAAGAAGAGACAACCCACUUUACAGGGGGAGCUUUUAUCUAAUCCAAGGAAACUACAAAAAUAUGGAUCUGUACUAGGCUAUACGGAUUUACCAAGAACAAAGAGUUUAGUGCUUAAAGAUGGUGAUGAUGAAGAUGAUGAUGAAGAAGAAGAAAAUAGCGAAUUACAGAAGAAAUUACAAGAUGCAAUGAAUCGACGUGAGGAUAGUAAUGAAGGAUUAGGUGGAUUAGCCAAAUUGGUACGAGACACAAAGGAUGAUAUUGAAUACGCACCACAUAGAUUACCACCGUUAGAAUAUGCGCCUGAUGGACAUACACGUUGGGAAGAUGAAGAUAUUGUAAAAUUGAAAAAAGUAGAUUUAAGAAUACGGGAUGAUCAAGACGACCAUGAAGAUAACGAGCCACAGGAGAAUGAUGAUGGACUGCUGCCACUUAUGAGUAUAGAAAGUAAUAAUGAAGAUUCAAAUGAAAAUGAAGCUGAUGAAAUACUGCCCAAAAACCACAGGAUACAUCCCUUCCCUAAACUAAGGGUCUUUGAUGAAGAUCAAGUGGAAAAUAUUUACAAUGGCGAAGGGCUAAAUGCAGAAGAGCUCGAAGAUUUACUGGCGUAG